AUGCAUUGUCCUCAGUGUUUGAUUCAUUCAUUAGGUCCGUUAUGUUUCGCAGUUCUGUCAGAGAUUGCAAAUAUAAGGACCGUCACCGAUGAGAUCAGAGCAGAGACUGCAGAAAUCAAAGCACAGAUAUACAAUAUCAAUUCUCAGCUUGAAGAAGCCUUGACCAAGCUGCGGGAGGCCAGCUUAUCUCCAAUCACAGAUACAAUCAAUAUAACAGACGAAUCUGUAGAGUGUGGAAAGCAGUCAAUUGCUCCAGACGCUGAUGCUUUCAACAAACCCUUCCUCAGUUCUACCACCUCCUCCGCUGCAAGAAAAGAGGAUUCCUUUGCUCCUGAAAGCAUCUUCCGGGUAAAGCAUUCAACCGGCAUACAAACGGAUCAGAAUCUAAACUCUCUCAUAGCGUCAUUGUCGAUAGCAGAGACUGCCGCCAGGGGUCUUACCAGUCUUGAAAUAGAUGCAGCCGCUCUUGCUUUGGGCAAAGCUUAUCGAGAUGCUGGUCUCUUUGAAGAUGCUCUUCAACAUUUCCUUGAGGCGCUGACAGCACGAGAAACAGAUUUAGGCCUUACCCAUCCGACCUCACUCAAUAUUUUGGAGAUCAUUGCCCAGGUGCACGAGAUCCAAUUCGAAUGGUCAGAGGCGCUGGCUUGCUAUCUGACUUCCCUUGAAGGUCGAAUGCGAAAUUCCACCUUCGGUCAUCGCCAUCCAUCAACUCUCGCAGCCGCAACAAAAGUGGCAAGAAUGCAACAACCAUUGGGUCAACAUGACGGAGCUGCAAAAGAAUGUUACGCUGUCCUCUCAGCGUAUGAAUCGCUGAACAGUGCUCAGUCACUUCCUGCUCUUUCUAUUCGCCUGCACAUUGCAAAGGCAGCAACGGUAAGAGGAGGUGAGGGCCUCGUGAAACAAGCAUAUGCUGCAGUUCAAGCGAUUCGUAGAGAGCAGCGGGGUCUAAUUGUCGCUGAAGCGGAAACCCCUCUAGACAACCAACUGGAGUUUGAAGAUGAGGAUAGCUUUCUUCUAGGCAAGAGCGAUGUCGAGUUGAUCAGGAGAUGUCGCAAACAGCUGGAAGACUUGAGUGCAGCACUGGGAAGGACACACCCAGACGCACUCGUAAAGAUGUGCGAGCUUGCCAUGGCAUUUGCGAACAAUGACCAGCACCAAAAUGCUAUAGGUUGGUUUCAAGAGGUGGUCGCCGGACAUACUAAACUGGAUGAGUCCUUGGAGCUCUAUCAGAAGAAGAUGGACGAAUGCAAAGCCAGGCUGGGAGACGACCGUUGGCUCAUGGAGAGGGUGUUUGACGAAAUGAGCGACUUGUACCUGCAGAGUAAUCGUCAUUUAGACUCCGCUCGAGAGUAUCAGAAAACACUUGACUUGCUACAGCGACGUCUCAACAAGGACAACCUGAAGUCGUUGUCAAUUCUGUGCAAAUUUGCCGACGUGCAUCUAGAACAGCACUGGUACCAGGAAGCACUCAACCUCUACAUGGCCGUCCUUGAAGCUAUUGACAACACAUCUCGCAAAGAGGAGGACUUUUGGAACCUGCGCCGCUUCUGCAUCUCUCAGGUUGCAGCCUGUUACACGAAACUCUACAAUAACGAACUGGCGCUCUCUUUCCUUGAGGAGCUUCUCCACUGCGGCGAUGAUGAACAGCAACUCGGUGCCCUUAUGUGUAUCUGCAACGUGCAAGAGAUGCAAGGCAGGUUGCUCCCCGCCAUUGAAACCUAUAAGCGGGUUCUAGAAAUGCAGACAGCAAAUCUCGGCUCCAAUCACCUUGAUCCUCUCAUGAAUGUCUGGAGGAUUACUUCACUAUUUUAUCGCGCAAGUCGCUAUCAGGAGGCGUUAACAUGA